AUGGGUAUUCCAAAAUUCUUUAGGUAUAUCUCUGAGAGAUGGCCUAUGAUUUCUCAAUUGAUUGAAGGUAAUGAUAUUCCAGAGUUUGACAACUUGUAUUUAGAUAUGAACUCUAUUUUGCAUAAUUGUACACAUGGUAAUGAUGAUGAUAUUACAAAGAGACUUUCUGAAGAAGAAGUAUUUGCCAGAAUAUUUUCAUACGUAGAUCAUUUAUUUCAAACCAUUAAGCCUCAAAAAGUGUUUUAUAUGGCAAUUGAUGGUGUUGCACCUCGUGCUAAAAUGAAUCAACAGAGAGCCCGUAGAUUUAGAACUGCAAUGGAUGCUGAACAUGCUUUACAAAAAGCUAUUGAACAUGGUGAACCAAUACCUAGUGGGGAACCAUUUGAUUCUAAUUGUAUUACACCAGGUACAGAAUUUAUGGCUAAAUUAACUACAAAUUUGAAAUAUUAUGUUCAUGACAAAGUAACUAACGAUUCUAGAUGGAGAAAUGUUGAAAUUAUAUUUUCAGGUCAUGAAGUUCCAGGGGAAGGUGAGCAUAAAAUUAUGGAUUUCAUUAGAAAAUUAAGAGCUCAAGAUGGAUUUGAUAAUAAUACUAGACAUUGUAUUUAUGGUUUGGAUGCAGAUUUAAUCAUGUUAUCACUUUCUGCACACGCACCACAUUUUGCUCUAUUAAGAGAAGAAGUUACAUUUGGUAGAAGAAGUAAACAACAAACUUCAUUAGAGACUCAAAAUUUUUAUUUGCUACAUAUUUCAUUAUUAAGAGAAUAUUUGGAACUUGAAUUCAAUGAAAUUUCUGAUGAAUUAAAAUUUAAAUAUGAUUUUGAAAGAAUCCUGGAUGAUUUUAUUUUAAUCAUGUUCGUCAUCGGUAAUGAUUUCUUACCUAAUUUACCUGAUUUACAUUUAAAUAAAGGUGCAUUCCCUGUAAUAUUACAAACUUUUAAAGAAGCUUUACUUCAUCUAGAUGGUUAUAUUAAUGAACAUGGUAAAAUUAAUCUACAUAGAUUAAAAGUAUGGCUAGAUUAUUUAUCUCAAUUUGAAUUAAUGAAUUUUGAAAAGAAAGAUAUCGAUGUUGAAUGGUUUAAUCAACAAUUAGAAAAUAUUUCAUUAGAAGGUGAAAGAAAGAGAGCUCGUAUGGGUAAAAAAUUAUUAUUAAAACAACAAAAGAAAAUUGUUGGUUUUGUUAAACCAUGGGUUUUAAAGAUUGUUAAUGAUACAUAUCCAUUAGAUAUUUCUGAUGAAAAUAUCCCAACUAUUGAAUUAGCAGAUGAACAUAUUAUUGAAAAUUUACCAUUUUUAAAAGAAUUUGCACAUGAAUUAGGUUUAUUUGUAGUACAUUCAAAAUCAAAGGAUGAAUAUUAUUUGAAAUUAGAUGUCGAUGGUAUAAAUCCAAAUGAAACAGAAGAUGAAAAGAAUGACCGUAUUACUGGUAUAAGAAAGACAAUCAGAAGGUAUCAACAAGCUAUAUUAGUCGAAGAUUCCGAUGAAUUGGAUAGAGAACAGGCUUUGUAUAAUGAUAGAUUCGAAAUAUGGAAAGAAAAUUAUUACCAAGACAAAUUUGGUUAUACUUUUACCAAGAAGAGUAAAAAAAAUUCAAAGAUUCAUUCAAAACCAAUAGAUGAAGAUGCUGUAGAGAAACAACAAAUUGCCGAACCCACUGAAACUGAAAAGGUUGUUGAUACAGAAAUUGAAGAUGAGCAAGAAAAUAAUAAUAGAAUUGAUGACGGUAAUGAGGAUGUUAUAACUUUAACCAAAAAUUAUGUAGAAGGUCUACAAUGGGUUUUAUAUUAUUAUUACCGAGGUUGCCCAUCUUGGGGAUGGUAUUUCCAAUAUCACUAUGCUCCAAGAAUUUCUGAUUUAUCUAAGGGUAUUGAUCAAAUAAUUAAAUUCGAUUUAGGUGAGCCAUUUACACCUUUCCAACAAUUAAUGGCUGUCUUACCAGAAAGAUCCAAGACCUUAUUGCCACCAGCAUUAAGACCACUUAUGUAUGAUCCUAAGUCACCAAUUCUUGACUUUUAUCCAGCUGAAGUAGAACUUGAUAAAAAUGGAAAAACUGCAGAUUGGGAAGCUGUUGUUAAAAUAUCGUUUGUUGAUCAACACAGAUUAGUGGAAGCUAUGGCACCAUAUUUGGCCAAAUUAUCUCCUGAGGAAAAAAAGAGAAAUGGUUAUGGUAAGGAUUUGAUCUUCACCUUCAACCCACAAAUCGAUGAAAUUUACAAGAGUCCUCUAAGUGGUAUAUUUGGAGACAUCGAACAUAACCAAUGUAUUGAAAGGGAAUAUACAGGUUACUCUAUGGAUGGUAUUGAAUAUAAGUAUGGACUACUUCCAAACGCCAAGUCCGGUGCCGAAUUAUUGGCCGGUUUCCCAACGUUAGCAACUAUUCCUUACAAGAACAAAUUAGAGUACAAUGAAAGUUUAGUCUUUCAACAACCAUCAAAACAACAAUCUAUGUGCCUAUACAUUGAAGAUAUCUACGAAGAAAAUAAUUUGACCAUCGAAGAACUUGCUAAGAGAUACUUGAACAAAGUUAUUUACACUAGAUGGCCAUACCUGAGGGAAUCAAAACUUCUCUCGAUAUCGACCGGUAAGAAAAUUUUGGAAUUUAAAGAAAAUAAAGACGCUAAUGGUAAACAUCACUUUAAGAUCAUUGAAAGACCAUGUGAUAAUCAUGAACAAAGAGACUUUGAAUCACAAAAAAGAUCCAUGUUGAGAAAUUUCAAAAAGAAAUCUGCUGUUAUUUUAGAUGAUAUUCGUGCUAUUAUUAACGUUCUUCCAGUCACAGGUCUAAUGAGAAACGAAGAAGGUGCAUAUAUGAAAACCUUUGGUGAAAUUCCAGAAAACUUUCCUUUACAAUUAAUGGUGGAAACUGUUACAAAUAAGGAUGAAAGAUAUAUUGAAAGACCACCAAAACCAAUCAAUAUCGAAUUCCCAAUGGGAUCUCGUGUUAUAUUCCUUGGUGAUUACGCCUAUGGUGGUGAAACGACUAUCGAUGACUAUUCAAGUGAAAGAAGAUUAAAGAUCACUGUCAAAAAGAGAUUUUUACAGGCCGAACCUAUGAUUGGAAAAGAAAGAGUUAAACAAGAUAACGCGUUGGUUCAAUAUAUUCCAUCCUACAUUGUAUCCAAGAAGUUGAACAUCAACAGAUUGUUUUUGUCAAGAAUUACUUCAAAAUUCUUAAUUUCUGACGUUGAUGGUAAGCGUGUCGAUAUUGGUAUCCCUGUUAAAUUUGAAUCCCAACACAAGAAGGUGCUUGGUUACGCAAGAAGAAAUACCAAGGGAUGGGAAUACUCUACAAUCACAAUGAACCUUUUGAGAGAAUACAGAAUCAGAUUCCCUGAUUUUUUUGCCAGAAUGGAAAAGGUUGGUAAUGAUAUUCCAAGUAUCGAAAAGUUAUACCCUGAAAUGCCAUUUAAGGAAAGUGUAAAGAUCUUAGAUCAAGUUAAGGCUUGGCUGAAACAUGUUACAGAGAACUUUGUUACUGUCUCAUUAGAAAGUGAUUCUUUAACAAAGGCAUCAAUUGCCGAAGUCGAAAACUACAUUAUUGCCAAUGUUGCCGCAAUUGAACAACAAAGUGAAACUAAACAACUUGCAAAGGUUCCUCGUGAUGCGGUUCUAAACCCUAGAGAUUCCCUAACAUUAUUGCGUUCUCAAAAGUUCAGCCUUGGUGACCGUGUUAUUUAUGUUCAAGAUUCUGGUAAAGUACCGCUAUUCUCUAGAGGUACCGUUGUAGGUUACACUACUUUAGGAGCAAAUCUUUCAAUCCAAGUUCUCUUUGAUCACGAAAUUAUUGCUGGUAAUACAUUUGGUGGAAGAUUAAGAACCAAGAGGGGUAUCGGUUUGGAUUCUUCAUUCUUAUUGAACAUCACUAACAGACAAUUUAUUUACCACUCAAGAGCUUCUAAGAAGCACACGACCACCUCUACUAAGCAAACGAAGGUGACCAAAGAAGAAAUAUUAAGAAGAAAGCAAAUUCAACAUCAAAAGGCUGAAAUCGAAUCCGAUAACUUAAGAAAGAAGGCUGCCCAUGACUUGUUGAAUGUUAUUCAAAAGAAAGAACCUUCUAAAUCUGAAGAGAAUAAGGUUGUCGAGGAAGCAACUGAAGUAGAAGCCAAAAAACUUCAAUCUCUAGAGAAUAAAUCCAAGGUAACAACAAAGAUUGAUCAAACGGCCCCUCUUCCAAAUACCCAGGUAGCUAACUCUGUGUUCUAUGCAGUGCUGAACCAAUACGAUCCAUCAACAGCACCAGCACCUGCCAUUGCUCCACAAGUUAUGAGCCAUCCAACUUCUCAUACUCUAGAUCCUGCUGGAUUACCUUACCACCUUUCUAAUGAUAACGCACCUCCAGUAGGCCCAAUGCCCGGAGCACCUCCAAUGGGUGCUCAUCCAGUUCCAAUGGGAUUCCCAAUGGGCAUGAAUGGGCCAAAUCCAAUGAAUAUGCCAAUGGGUAUGCCACCAAAUGGUAACUUCCCGGCUCCACCAAUGGGUAAGCAGAUUUUCAAUGGAGUUCCUCCAAACACAAGUGGCCAUCAACAACAAAACAGAAAUCCAACUAAACUACAUCCAGAUAAAAAGUCAUCCAAGGGCUCAGGAAAUCCAAAGGAUGGCCGCAAGAAUAAGAGCACCGUGAAGUCAAAUGAAAACAACAAGAGCAAGAGCAAGCAAAACAAGAAAGACUCACCAAAGGUUCAUGAUGAUUCUAAGAAAUCGGUCAAACCUACUAUCUUGAAGAGGAAAACUGAAUCUAAGGAAGAAGCAAAACCAACUACCAAUUGA